ACGAUUAACGUCACUGACGUUAUAAUUUAAAGUGUUGACGACGUAACAACAUUAAGGAUAUAGACUAUUACCCGUUCGGAAUUCUGUUUCAUUGUUAAUUCAUUCUGAAAGUUGUACUUGCGAGAUUCGUCUGUCGAUGUAAGUACAAGAUUCAUUGGACGAGACGAGGUUUGUUAUCGUUUUUCAAUUGCUAUUUUUAGCGGUAAAUUCUUGUCGAGAGUUUUGGCAACAUUGGGGGAAUGUUUCUUGUCGGUCAAGGGUAGGGAGAUGCUUCUAUUGGCAACAUUGGAAGAAUGUUUCUUGUCUGUCAAGGGCAGAGAGAUGCUACGAAUCGAAGCACUUAUCCUACGUUGAAAUAUUCGAUCGAUCUUUAUCUAUCGAGUGCGGCGAGGAAAGGAUCGACUCUCGUUUAAUGCGAUGUUUGAAUGUUAGAAAUGUACAAAACUUAAAUAUUAGAAAUUGUUAUAUGUCUGGGAUCGACUUUGGAAUAUUCACUUUCGGAUAUGAAAUCGAACACGUCAAGGUAUCGUACCCACCCUCGUAUAAAAGAAACUUCGAAAGCGCCUCUUUUAAUAACAUGACUUUUCUUCGAUCUAUCGAAAUACAAAACAUGAUGACGUCGGAAAUUCUAAAUUUAACAUUUCGCAAUGUUCCGUCGCUGACUUUAUUGAGAAUUGACGGCUAUAACUUCACUUUAUUUCCGAACAAACCUUUCCGAGAGUUAAUUAAUCUUUCCGAAUUAAUCCUCGUAAGUGGUCAGUUAGAAGUUUUGCCAAAAGAUGUAUUUUAUAAUCUUCACAAUUUGACAAAACUAGACUUAAAUUACAAUUAUAUUGAAUGGAUUCAUCCACUUGUCUUUAGAAAUCUCACAAAACUCGAACAUUUGAAUUUAGGAUUUUAUGAUAUAAAAGAUUUACCAGCUGACACGUUGAAAGGUCUUUUUAAUUUAAGAACAUUUUAUAUUCAUGGAAAUCAUAUAUUCUCACAAAUUCCGUCCGGAUUCUUUAAGAAACUGCCCAACUUGACUGAAAUUUAUGCAUUGUUUUGUUCUAUUUCUUCACUCGAAGAUGAUGUAUUUUCUGAUUUAAUUAAUUUGAAAACCGUGGAAUUAUGGUACGACGAAAUUGAACGUCUCCCUCCAAAUCUUCUGAGAAAUAACAAACUACUGACAGUAUUCUCCUGUCGGGGUAAUAAAAUAUCAUCCCUUCCAACUGGAAUUUUUCGUGAUCUUUCUGAACUUCGACGGUUAGACUUGGAAGGAAACCGGUUAGAAAAUCUUCCCGAAGAUGUUUUUAAGGAUUUGUCGUCAUUGGAGAUUCUCGAUUUAUCAAGAAAUCGCCUGACAUUUUUACCCGAAAAUAUCUUCUUCCCUUUGACUAAUUUAACCCGUCUCGAUCUAUCUUACAACAAUUUAACUAAAAUUAUCGGUGAGCGUCUUUUCGGCAGCAGCAAGAAUUUAACUUAUGUCCGUAUAGAUAACAAUGGCCGAUGAUAAAUUGGACAGAAUACAACUUGAUUUACGUCGAUUUCUCAGAUAAUCAUUUCGAAAUCGUCAAAUUGCCAAUUUACACACCAAAUCGGGUAAACAUAUUUCUGUAUUACUGUAAAAUCAGAACAAUUUAUUUAGAUGAGUGGAAAUAUGGAUUUGAAAUGCCACGUAUUAUAUAAGUAACAACGAAAUUACUUGUGACCACAAACUGCAGCAAUUCGUUUCUUUCGUUAAGUCAAAUAUGGAAGUGGCAAAGGAAAUGUUUCCAGAUAUAGAGAAGACGAAAUGUUACGGAGAAGAAAGAAAUUUUCUACCGAAUUUCAGAUUUACUUAUCCAGAAACAAUUUGACUCGCCAUUGUCCUUCGCAAAUUACUAAAGACUGGUUGCUUAGAAACCGGCAGAAGAUUGCAGAUUUCUCCGAUGUUUUCUGUGAAAGAAAUUCGUGUUGUGUGUCUUUCAUCGACAUUGUUUAUAAUGGUAAAUGUGUAGAAAAUCCAGACGUAAAUUUGGCAUCUUCAGUAAAUGAUUCUUCUGUGAACGAAUAUUCAUUAAAUGAAGUUAGUUCUGUUUUUGGAUGGAAAAUCGCAGUGGCUGUUGUUACUUCGCUAAUGUUAAUAGGUGUGAUUAGUGUCGCUUCCUUUGUUUAAUUAAUGUCGCGGAAAAGAAAUUCUCAAAAAAGUGCCGAAGACUAAGCAAAAAAAAGUGAGUUAUUAUAAUGUUUACACCCGCUGUGAAUAGUAUAAUUAAAAUUCCUCGUGUUUGAACGAUUUAACGAAUAAUUCUUCGUUAAUUGAUAUUAUUUUUAAUUUGCUUGUAUUGAAAUUAAUUUUGUAUACUUUUUGUGCAUUUUGAAUGCGAAUUAUAUUAUAAAAUGUAUAAUUAUUGCAUAAUAAAGCCGUAAAUUGAGCAUAAAUUUAUAUUGUAUUUCU